AUGACGAAUACAACGACCAAUUCAAGCUAUGCCAGCCCCAAUCUGGAAGCAACAAGAGAAAGGAAGAUUCUAAAUUCAGAGCCGGUUCCUGAUUGGUACGAGGCAAAGGCCACUUUUAAGUGGGGCUGGGAGCUUCACUGGAUCUCAUUCGUAGUUUUAUUUUUAGGACUAGCUGUUUACUCUUCUGUGCGCCUGGUCGAGGCUUCAAAACGGCGUCAUUUGAGGGAAAAAGUAUCCCGCAACGUCUCGUAUGCGGUGCAUUCAAUGAUAAUUGUCCUCGGGAUAACCCGCGCACUGGCGCUUGUGGUUUUUCCCUACGAAAUGACAACCAACAUCAACAAUGCCGAUGUAGUGAUUCCCCUUUAUGUUCAUCGAAUUGUUUUUGGUCUUGGCUUUCCCUGCUUCAUGGCAGCGUUCACUCUGAUCCAGCUAACGUUCACAGCGAGCAUCAAGCCUACACCCUUGACGUACUCCAAACUGCGGAAAGUUCGCUUCUUAGUCCUUAUCAUCGUGGGACAUUUCAGCGUUGUGAUUAUAGCAGACGUGAUCACGGCUUUUGUCGAAAACACUUCCGCAUUAUUUAUGGUGUGCACUGUAUACUUGCUGUCUAUGACGCUGUUUACGGGCAUUCGUAUCACUAGAAGUGGCUACAAAGUCUUUCGAGAGAGCAGUGAACAUAGGAGAGUCAUUGCAAGACCGGGCCUUCGAGACACACAGAGGCCGUCUAUUAAACGCGCAAAAUUCAACUCUAAAGCUUUACGCAAAGUGUUUAUCAUCACCGUCCUAACAAUAUUUUUCUGCUUUGCCCUUUUUGCGUUAAAAAUCUACGAUCUAGUCGAAGUUAUAGAGUUUACUUUCAUUCUAGGAAAAGAUAAGAAAGUAGAGCCAUGGCCUUGGUUUAUUCAUGAGACCUUAUUUCGGUUGACAGAGUUUGGUUUAGCUUGCACGGUUUUGUACGCAGUUUCACCCUUUAAAAAGCGUCGAAAUCCUUUGCUGUCCUUUUGUUGUUGUUGUCGUAAAGAAGACAAGCAGUGUGACGUCAGCGUGGAGAUUGAACCGCAUGCGCGAGAGAGAACAGGAACAAAUGAAAUGGUGUUGUCCAGUCCUACUCCCCACGACCCUUGCAGCACGCAUUUGUAAAAAUAUUUUUUGAUGUGCCGUACUCAGAUUCAGAUUUCUGAAUGGUUUUAUACUAUAGACGAAUAUUGUUAAUAAACAUUACAGGGGUGCUUACCAUUUGACGGAAAAUUUCGGAAAUUCUGGAUGGAAGGUAAAUGGUAGGGUCACUUUUCGGAAAUUCCAACCGAAAACUGAGGAGUACGUUUUGAGGUAGACGUUUCAUUCCGGUUGGUACGAACGAAACAGAAUGUUGCUUACCAUUAACCAAUUUCUCGGUUCCUUCUCGGUUCCAGACUCACGCUACACAAAUUCGCCCUUUUUUGGAUUCAAACCGUAACGGAUGUAACAUUUCUACGGUAAACUGGUAAAUCGCUUACCAUUAUGCUUUCGACACCCCAACCGGAUUUUUCUGUCAAAUGAUAAACACCCCAGAACAUUACAAGAAAAAGAGGAACAGUUUACACAAUGGUAAAAAAAUAAGUGGGCAAGACCCGAGGAGUACUCAAGAAAGUUUUAUACGGGGAAGCUCGGUUCCUUACCCUUUUAUAUACCAUUUUUGACAGAGAAAUACUGAUAUCUCUACCCUUUCAUAUACCUGAAGCCUGUUGAAAAACGUACUCUUUUCGAGAGGAGCCUUCCCGUAUAGACCUUUAUAAGGAGUACCUUCCAGGGACCAAAAUAGCUUUAUAUUUUGAGUUGGUCCCUUCCACGUACAAUUGCCUGGCUUAGAUCAGAGAAGUACAUAAAAUUGCAAGAGAUGGGAAAAUAACCAAAUAGUCCCUGUUAAGUAUAUAUUGAACAACUAUUUAUCGCAAUAAAAUUGGAAAAACGACUCAGCUUACCGAUAUUUUGUGUUUUUCACGGCAACUGACAACUCAUCCUAUGCAACGCAAUUGCAAGACAGUCUUGGAUUUCAGGCCGUGGAGUCCGGAUUCCGGACUUUAUCAGUGGAAUUUAGAUUCCGGAUUCCAAUCGUUAGAGGGUCUCAAUGGGGUUAACCGAUAGGCGUAAAACAACCAAAAAUUUAGUCGAUAGCCGUAAAAAUUGAAAAAUUUUAACCGUUAGCCGUAAAUAGGUUAAAAAAGAAUUAACCGUAAAAUGCUGAUUGUUCCCUAGAUUUGCUACUUUUAAGGAAGGUACUAAACUCACUUAUGGUUGCGUUUUUUAUUUCCCGGCUAGUGUGACUCUGUACGCACGUUAGGCAAAGCGCCUUUUAGUUGUUGACCAAGACCUAGGUUCCAUUUCCGCCGCUCUCUCGGGGAACUAAUUUUUUUUUUCCAUAGCGAAAAUGGAUUAAUGGAUUGCUGGGGAUUAAUAUUUGCGAUUUUCAGGAGGUCGUGCCCUCGAAACACUAGUGAAACAACACGCAGCUAGAGAUGUC